UGAAAGAAAACUGAUUGAAAUGUUAUAUGCAGCAGCGAGUAUAAACGAAUUAGUGCUGUUCGCUAGAAUGUGAAUACAGUUCUUUUAGACAGCUAUGGCGUAAGUAACCUUAUUUACUCCUGCGCAAGAAUUUUUCGGAGUUAUGAUGACCAUAAAUAUAGCGAAGAAAAUCCAAGUUUUGCAAACGUUAUUCAGGUAAGCACUUUCGCUUAUUGAAAUGUUACAUCUGAAAUAAAAUAUGAUAGGCUGGAGAAAAGGAUAUUGACACGAUUCAUUUAUGUGAGUUAUUACUUUUCAAAAAGAAUCUGAUUGUAGAUGAGAGCAUACAAGUCUUUGAUUCGCCUUCUUCACAAAGUAAUCUUCUAGCUUGAACGACACUAUUCGCAUCUCUGGAAAUAUGCUUUUUUGCCCUAUUUUUACUUGUGAAUUGUCAGAAUUAUAAUGAACGUUUUAUGUAAUUUUUUUAAAGAGCGUGACUGAUGGGUCACAAAUAUGUAUGCGUGACACGGCAUUUUGCGUGGGUGGUGCACAGCGCCCGGCGUUGCGUGACGUAGAGAGAGGGGCCAGAACUGGACUACGCCUGGCUAUGUUGAUAACGAGGCGUGGACCAAAAAAAAAUUUCUAGUUGAAGUCUGUACAUUACUUGCGAAUAUCCAAAUACAGUACUAUAGAGAACUAUCUUAAAGCAGGAGCCUGUUACCCAAAAUAAUUGUAUAAUCGGCUACUGCUGAAAUGUAGCCUCGUUCCUAGGAGAAAACCCUGGGAACAAGGUUGUUGAAAUAGACGAAAUAGGCGCGUAAGCAGGCCGUGAGGGAAUGACGCAGGUAUCUAUUCUCUAUAUAUCCCCCUCGCGGUUGCUAUUCUACUUUAUCAACACAGUUGAUGUAACCAAAUGCUUUUACUUUCACUUCUCCACCGGUGCAACUCUGCAGUUUCCUAAUCAGAAACCAAUUCCUUCAAAACAAUUGUAAGUUUGGUUACCUUAUCUUUCACUAACCAUCACCUCACAUAAUGGGAACGCAAGGCUCAGCUCGUUUUCCGCCGCUCUCUCGAGUCUGGUCCGAGAAGAGGUAGGAGGAGCGCGGGCUCAAACACCAUCUGGAAAUUGAGUCUAACGUAAGGACUUCUUUCUCAAUCUGUUACCUCUGUAUCAAAACGCGGAUAAACUGAAUGAAUAUUCUUUUCUAUGAAUAUCCAUGAUCUAAUCAAUGAAAGUGUCAAAAUUAAAAUUACCGACAGUUCCUAGCCUCCUUCAUAGCAGCCGGCCAACGCGUCAUAUAAAUUACUGCUGUAGUCUGUACAGGCGCUGGACGUUGUAGACUACGCAGGCUAAGAGGUCUUUAGUUUCCAGUACGAAGCCGUUCUUUAGGAGCGCUGUGCGACGAGACAAAGAACGGCUGUGUGGGACUGAGACCUAUAAAGAUCUUGAAAAGAUGCAGGUGACUGACUAUUGCCUUGACAACUACCUGAAAGUCAUUAAAAAAUCCCAAAAGACUGAAGAGGGGUCGAAUGACAUGGAGGGCUCCAAACUUACAAAUUCGUUGGCUACCCUGUUCGCUUUGACUACGAGUUGUAAGUGGAUUUAUUACCUGGUAGCAGGAGGAGCACAGAGUUCAACUCCUAGCCUACUCCUCUGUAUAAUUUUGUGCGACUAAGAUUCAACUUGUAUAUGUUGCAGUUAAUUUUUUUUCAUUGUUUUGGGGCCAUGGUAAUGUGUGCUAAUGAAUCUGAAACAAAGGAAAAACAAAAAUUAACGCAAAUAAAAAAAUGAACAACAACAUAUUCAAGAUAUUAAUAUUUUAGCUUCUCAAAAGUCUUCGAAUUCCUGGAAGAUCGUCAAGUUAACUUCAUUGAACAAUAUCGUAUCUUUCGUUCAUUUAAGAGUCUUUCUUUCCUUUUUUUGUGACGUCUCUUGUACGCUUAUAUGAAAUAAAUGAUACUCCAGAUCCAGAGCGAACAGCAUCAGUCCUUGAUCUUCUGUUGAGAUCUUCCAUUCAUUUAUUACUAGUAGCUGAAGAAAAGAAAAAAACGCGCUUUUAUGGAAAUGUAAAUGGAGGCGAGCCUACUAAAAAAUACUUACAACUUUGGCUAUAUUUUGAUGAUCAAAUAAAUGUAGUAGAGUUGUUUUAACUCCACCUGCCGUUCGCAAUUUCUUUGUCGAUCCGCAGCAACAAAAUCCAAUAAGGUGAUAUGAGAACAGGUUCUCAUUUCUGGCUGGUGACGCAGUACCUACCCCACCCUGGUGGCACACAGUUACGUCAUCAUGCCGGGCGGAAAUGGUGCGCAAGCGCGCAAUUCACGUCGACAACAACAUGGCGAAGCUGGAAAGCCAGAGAGGAAUACACACCGCUUUUGACUUUUAUUUUAAAAGAUAAUGACUGGUUUGGUCAAGAACCAGAUCGUGAAGCAACUCGCCAGGUACUUUUGCCAUGAAGUGGUCCAAAAUGACCGCGAUGUUCGUGAGAUCAGCUCGGCGCGAUAAACGGGGAUGUGUGCACGUGAACUUGUUGGACAGGUUUUUUAAUGCUGUGCAUUUUCUUUCAGGUUCACAAAGAACCUCUCUCCCAACAAAAUCAGCGUGAAGUUUCUUAAGGGAGAAGGCGAACUUCACAACCUUGAACUAGAUGAAACAACUCUUUCAGAGCUUCUGGAGUUGCCACCAUGGAUUCGCCUCACAAAAGCUGUAUGCAACAGAAUUUCCGCCAAGGCAAGUUAUUAUAAUAUAUGGAUGCAUUCUUGAAUUUAUUAUAUUUCCUUAAGCACAUCAAUUCAUGGUUCACUUCAUAAUUUGUUUAAAACCUUUUUGACAAUGACAUUUUUAGAACGAAGUCCUUCAGUCAAAAACAGAGCAAUUUUGGUGAUUAAACUGUAAACUGUUUACAGAUGUUUUACUUAAGAACAGAACGUCUCGGAAGCCUGAUAAAGUUCUGUCAUUUCUGUCAUCUGUUGAGGAGUUGAUGAACAAAUGUGAAAACGACGUUUGCUUAGGGUUAUAAAUAUUAAUCUGUGUUGAAUCUGAGUUUUUUCCUGGCGAUAUUAUUCAACUGCCUUUAUGAAUUUCAUUUUAAAGUUUUACUAUAUGAGGACAACAAAAACUAUUGUAUUCUUUUUAGUAGCCUAGCGUCUUUUUAAAGGGACGAUGUGUUUCUUUUCCGAAUGUAUUGACAUAGAAUUUAACCAGCACUGUGGAUUAUGUGCUUGAUCACGAGUUUAAAUGCUACAGAAUUUAAGCUUAAGUAAAUCUUCAUUUGCAUCAUUACUGUAACAUGACAACCUUUUUCUUGACAAGUUUGUAUUUACUGCAUUUUGUAAAGUGCUUAAAAUGGUAAUUCAAAACCCCCCAGGUUAAACGUAAUUAUUUUUGUAGACAAUAGGCUUUUGCUUAAUUGGAUUUUCUUUUUGUCAAAAGGUUUCAGAAGGAAAUAAUUCUAGAUUCUUUAAAACAUCAAGAGCACCUGUAUAUAGUAUCAUAGUUGUUGAAUUGUCAAAUUUUGUAGGAAGGCCAGUUUAAAGUGUCAAAAUAUCUUUUGUCUGCAUAGCAAACUGUUGUCAUGGAAAUUUUGAUAAUCUCAAGCCAGAAUUUUACAGGUGAAACUGUCAGUGGUAACUGUAUCCAAGUCUGAGUUAGAACAUUUUUCUUUGUAGAAUCUUCUUGAAUUUGACUUACAUUGUAGGAUUAGAAUUUAUACUCUUUUAAACCAACGAUACCCAGUACAUGUUAUGUGUUGAAGGAAUCAGUAAAAAACAGAUUUGGUGGGAAAUAAUACUCUUGAUUUAUUAUUCUACAGAUUCACUGGACAAAACUUAAAACAGAUCCAAUUUGUCUGGUAAGUGUUUGUUGCAUUUUACAAUGUAGUACUCAACUAUUUCUCGAAUUGCAUUUCCUACUGAGAUAAUUUGACAGUCAGUAAUAAUAUAAUAUAAAUAGAUUUUGCUAGAGCUAAAAGCAAAGCUCCCGUUUAUGCAUUUUAAAUGUUCUUCACGCAAUGGACUUUAAACCACUGCAAAGAAAUCCACAAAUCUAUACUAAACUAUAGGGGAGAACCACAUGACUUGGAAACAUAAACUUAAGCCUGCGAUCAUUUAAAAGCUAACAACUGGUCAAUGGAAAACUUCAAAAAAACAUGUGACCUCAAUGAGUUGGCACCAGAGCCCACGUUACAGUCAUGUGACACUGGUAAGCCGAUACCCUGUUUUCACAGCUGUCAAUUGGCCAUAAUAUGGAUGACUAUUAUCAAGUUAAAUACAAGUUACAGGCUCCCACACUAGGUAGAAAGUUUGACAUUUCACGUUGGUUUCCCUGGGUGGAUGUGCCGAUGGGACCCUGGUACCCUUAGCCUAUACCAGAGCUAGUUCAAGUGAAUUUUGCUACCCUAUACUAGACUAAACUCCCCAAAUCCUGAGGUCACUAGCACAGUCCAGCCAAAACAAAACCGAUUUGAUUUUUUUUUUAUAUUCUUGAGUGGCAAUUCCCGGUUUCCCUAGUCUAGACUAAAAUUGUCAGCCAAUUAAUCAGUUUUCUGGAAAAUGAUACCCUCUUCUAGACCCAAACUCUCUGAUUUAUAUACCCUAUCCCAGAGUAAACUGCUUCAAAACCAUAUCCUUCACAGCGGCACAUACCUAUAUAGCCCAUAUAUGCCAGUCCCCCCCACCCCCGGGGCACUAAGUAUUAAGUUCAGCACAGAAUUGACCCAAAACAGCAAUAUCCUCACGGCACACCACUGUAGCCCCUUUAAAGGGUUAAUUUUAUCUUGCAGUAUCUUGACCGUGUUGAGGUUAACAUGGAAGCUGUUGAUAGUGAUGUUAACACGCCACCCACCAGUUCGCCACAGAGAAACCCUUCCCACGCGCCUCAUCAACCUCUCAAGUAAGGUUUAGGUAGUCAAGGAUGUUAAGUGUUUGUAUUUGGGUUGUUAGAGAUGUGAAUUUUCUCUUAAAAUAGCUACUUAAAAGGUGUAAGACUUCUUUCCACUGUACACGUUGCACUAGUCUUGUAAACUCAACCCUAACUAGAAUUUAUUAAAGGUAAUACAAAGAAAUCCCAUUUUUUAAAGGUCAGUAAUUGGAAAAGAACAUUAUGUGAGGCUUUCAUCCCCUAAUUUUUGUUUCCCUUUCCAAAAACAUGAGUCAUCAAAAGUAGAGGUUGCUAAAAAAAAAAUGAAACAAAGCUUGGUUUUUUGAUUUAAUAUCAUUGUAAGCAAAAAAGAUAAGGUCCUUUUCUCUCCAUUAUAAAAGAGGCCAACUUCAAUAUUUUUGACCUUGAAUGAUGCUUUCAAAAUGAAACACAAACUUUGGAAUUAAUGCACUGUGCAAUGUUGUUUGAGUGUUAAGGUCACUUGUCAUAGUGCAGGCAAUUUGAACUACAGUCAACUCCUGGUAACUUGAACCAUCUAAAACUCAAACCUCCUGCUAACUCAAAGCAAUUUUCAUUUCCCAUCAGAUCGUUUUCUAUAUAAUUUUACCCUCGAUAACUCAAACUCCCGAUAACUUCAUAUUGAACUUUUUUCUAUUUCUCUUGAUGGGUCCAAUUAUCGGGAGUCAGCUGUAGAGCCUUUAACUCUUUUAACUCAUUAACCCAUUCACUCCUGGAGAUUUUGCCGAAAAACGCGUUUUGAAGCUAGUCGAGUGGUUUUCUGGUCACUGUCGUGCUAUAAAGAGUUAAAACUUACCACAAACUGGUUUACAGGUCGUACACUUCGCGGCCUUCUGAUCCAGAUGCAAAAUAUCUGCUUGCGAAGUUCGGGCAUGCGCAGAAAGCAAAAUUUCGAGAUAGUUUUUGGGUUUAAAAGGGACACAGCAGUCUUGACUUUUCCUUUUCGCUUUCUCUCCUCCCUUCUUUUUUCGCUUUUCUUGCCUCAUUUUUUUUUCUCUUUCUGGGCAUUUAGUAGGCUUCGUUUUGGUGAGAAGAGUUUUUAGGAAAGCUUUUAGGAUCUUAGGAUUAGGUGAAAGGAAAGGUAGGUGAGCAGUGGACCAAGAUUUUUAUGGAGAUUUUCAGGUCAAUGUCACGUGGUUUUUUGCUUCUUUCUCCGGUGUCCUUGACUGAAGUGUGCUCAUUCUGGUAUGGUUUGAAAGAUCUCUUCACUCUGCACAAUUUAGUGGACAAAGUUGUCCGUAAUCGUUAAAACUGAUGACGUCACAAAGGGUAGAAAGGAUGUGGAUCUGCACGGGCAGUUACGGGCAGUUCAGGGGCGAAUGGGUUAAUAAUAAUUCAACGUUCUUAGUUUUUCUUUUGGUAAAUUAGUCAAAUUUUGGAUCAUAUUGAGAAAAAGUUUACCAAGAAAUGAGUUAGAAUUAAUAUUACAACGUGUAUACAACAACAAAUUACAAGACAGCCUGAUGUUCAGGUUGAAGUUUUACAUUUUGGGCUAUGUUGUUUAUUUCUGUAGGGAAAAACCUGCUAACAGGUAUGGCUUUGUGGAGAAAGUUGUGGAUGGAAUGUUUGUUCAGAUCAACUCUGUGAUCAUCUCAUUUAAGUUUCAAGCUUUCCUUGCAACAUUCCAGAUGUCACGUUUGUUUAUACAAAGUACAAACCCCAAAUGGGAAGCUGAUGAUCUGCGGAAUACGCGUGUGAAGGAUGAGACAAGAGGAGAAGUAUUAACCUUUAAAGAAAUAACAUGGUCUACUCUAAGGAUAGAUGCCAAUGCAUUGUAUGAUGUAAGAAAAUACCUUCUUUUCAUUGUCCUGUACAAAUGUACAAUGAAUCUUAUUUGUACUAGCAUAUUUACUACCAUAUUUUAUUUCAAAGCGCUGCAAUUAUAAGUGCUGUCUCCAAAUGGGCUUCACCUCACCCAAGCAACCAUGCGGCACCCACAUAAAUUGAUUUUUAAUUUUUGAAAAUUAUUAUAUUAAAGAUGAAACAACAACAACAUGAUAUUAAUUUUGAGGAGGACUCGGAAAAAAAAUCCGAGUCCCAGAUGGGAUUUGAACCCACGACCCUCCGUGAUCUAGUCGGAUGCUCUAACCACUUGAGCUACUGGAGACUCUAUGGUGAGCAAGGGCCAAUUUGUGGGUCUCGACUGGAACCGCAUCACGCAGCUACACAGCCAAGUAAUGACUGGCACACAAGAACUGGCGCUGUCACCUUAAAGAACCUCAAAGUGAGUAUAUUAAAGAUGAAACAACAACAACAUGAUAUUAAUUUUGAGGAGGACGGGAAAAAAUCCGAAAAUCCAAAAUUAAUUAAAUUAAAUUAAAAUCCAAAAUUAAUAUCAUGUUGUUGUUGUUUCAUCUUUAAUAUAAAGAUGAAACAACAACAACAUGAUAUUAAUUUUGAGGAGGACUCGGAAAAAAAUCCGAAAAUCCAAAAUUAAUUAAAUUAAAUUAAAAUCCAAAAUUAAUAUCAUGUUGUUGUUGUUUCAUCUUUAAUAUACUCACUUUGGAGGUUGGUUGGCCGCAUCUUUGAUAUGCUUUAAGGUGACAGCGCGAUGCUGUUAGUGAGUUCUUGUGUGCCAGUCAUUACUUGGCUGUGUAGCCGGGUGAUGCGGUUCCAGUCGAGACCCACAAAUUGGCCCUUGCUCACCAUAGAGUCUCCAGUAGCUCAAGUGGUUAGAGCAUCCGACUAGAUCACGGAGGGUCGUGGGUUCAAAUCCCAUCUGGGACUCGGAUUUUUUUUCCGAGUCCUCCUCAAAAUUAAUAUCAUGUUGUUGUUGUUUCAUCUUUAAUAUAAUAAUUUUCAAAAAUUAAAAAUCAAUUUAUGUGGGUGCCGCAUGGUUGCUUGGGUGAGGUGAAGCCCAUUUGGAGACAGCACAUUUUUUUUUUCCGAGUCCUCCUCAAAAUGAAAAUUAUUAGUGCUGAUUAAAUUUAUUACUAUUGUUAUUGUUAUGGAUAUAUUUUAAUAGUUUUAUUUUUCUGCAGGAAAAGCUAGACCAGCAGUCUACUCCUCUGCGACUUAUUACCAGUCAUUCAGCUCUCCAUAUUACAAUCAAGAAACGUCUGGAAGACUGUGCAGUGCUUUCUGCAAGACUGGAACUUUUGUUAGAUGAUAUUUUAUGGGUUCUUACACAAUCUCAACUGCAGGCAUUUUCUGGUCUAUUACAUUCUGUGACCCAGGCUAUGUCGCAAACAGCCCGGAAAGGGCCUGAAACUAAUCCUGGGCAACCUGUGAACCCAGUUAUCCAACAGCAGCAAACUUCUUAUGCAUCCUCACGGGUGAAUGAAUCCAAGACUGACAUUGAAUCGUUAAAUGCACUUUUUACAAAAUAUGACGUACGGGAAACAGCCUAUCAUGUGAGGACAGGGAGCAUUGAUCUUCACUUAUGUGAUGACACCGAAACUGCGGGCGGUGAUGGCGGAGCUAUGCAUUUGCAAGUAAAUAAAUUAUCAGUGGAUUAUUAUCCCUAUCAUUUAGCUGGGACAUCAAGGACUGACUGGCCUUGCCAUAAUGAAGCAUCCUUAACUCGUGCUUACUGGGUCAACCAACUUCUAAAUGCAUUUAGGAAUUCACAAAGUAACAAGCAAAUGUCACCUCACACAGCAACGCAGACCCAUCAUAGAGCCAGAAGUGAUGUAAGUAUACAUUGUGCACAGUAUAAACAUUUACUAUGCUUCUCUAGUGCAACCAGUUGUAUGGCUUCUACACCUGUAUUAACUCUUCUUUUGUAGCAGCCAUAAUAAGAAAAAAAAUUAAAAUGAUCCUUGGUUUUAUCUAAAUGUUGCCAGUUACAUGCUGUAUGAACUUGACAUAGUCCUGUAGCAGACAAUACAUGUAAUAAGUAAGUUAUUUAUUUAUUAUUGGUUUGACUGUUAAACUAUUUUCUUGAAGCUUGUGGGCUUAAACCUUCAAUGAAGCGUACCAGUAACUGAUGUGGAAAGCUUUUUUUUAGAUAAUAAACUACUACACUUAUUUUGUUAUGGCAGAGUUCUGUUAUUGGUGGUAAUGCCAGAGAAGGUCCCCAUCAUCCGGGAUCAACAGUCAGUAAUCCUUCUUCACCUCGUGUAAGCUCCAAGAGAAACCAUGCUUCAAGUUCAGCCGCAACUUCACGACAAUCAGCACAUUCUAUCAGGAACAGUAUGCAGCGCCCUGUUUUCAUGCUUGAAAGUUGCUUUGUGGUUCGUUGUGAAGAAUUUUUCAUCAAGCCUGUAACAACUUGUAAUGUUUCUAAGGAAGAAACACCAUUUUUAUCAUCUGAUAAAAAAGCUCUGUAUUUGCCCACCGACAUGCCUGCAUUUCAACUGGACUUCACUCAGUACUAUUACCCUGGUACUAUAGGUUCACCAGGUUAGUGGUUAACUUUCCUCUUUUUUUUGCUACGUGUAUCUCACAGUGAAUGCCAGCCUUUACUUCUCUACGGUUUUUGAAUUUAAACUUCAAGGAAGAUCUAUUAUUAAUUUUAUAUUUAAGAUACAGAACAGUGUGAAAGUUGUGGUGAAUAGCUGUUAACUGGGUUACAUUAUACAAUAUUAUGUUAACAGAUGUAAAAGCUAGAGUACUAUGGUACAUUUCUAAUGUCAUACAUGUAAUUGCCUGGUUUGUACGGAAGUUCAUGUCUGUGGUAGACAGAAGACAAUGUAAAUCCUCUGACUACUAGUAUAAACAUGUUUUAUACACAUUUCUUACAGUGGAAUGAGUUGAAUGUGCUUAAAAAUUAAGACUUUAUUUUCAAGUGAUCUUUUUGUUUCUUAUUCUAGUACCCUGCCCAAAUGUGUUUAUUCAGUUAAAUCCAAUUCAAUUGACACUUGACAUAACAACCUGUUUGUGGCUCAAUAGCUUUGCAAGAAGCAUUCUUGGACAGAGAGUAAGUAUUUGUUUGCCUUUUUCUGCACUCAAGAGUGGUUUAAUAGAAAGUGGUGCUUGAUUGAAUUCUGUUUUGUUUCAACUCUCAAAAGCCACUGAAGGCACUGCACUUUGUAAUGUCAUGAGCUUGGCAUGGGACAAAGAAGUCAUUGAUGUCAGUCGAGCUCUAUAAACUAUGGAGGAACUCAUGGACUGUAUUCACUGUCAAAUAAUUUAUAGGAAUUAUUAUUUAUUAUGUUCAUUUUGUUAUGGCCAAUCAGUGAAAAUCAGGGCAAGACAUACAAGUAAUCCACAAACACACAAAAUGAUAUUUCUUUGGCUGUUUGUGGUUUAGUUUUCCCAUGCCUCAUGGGCUCUUCCCUUCACAAAUAUCUCUAGUUUUUUUAUUGUUACAUGAGUUUCACAGUAAAAUGAAUCCCAGAUGUUGCAAACAGUGUCAAAUGCAUCCUGUGUGACGGAAAAAUGAAAGAAUGAUUAGCAUGGCGUAUAUUAAUGAGGAAGAUGUUUAGUAGACUGAAUGGUUUCUUUUCAGACAUGGUCUAUGGGAACACCUGAACAAACAAACUUUCCUUUGAAUCAUAUUGACAUUAGAAUUGAAGGCCUCAUGCCAAAGGUGGGUGUCCUGUGAUAUUUGGUAAGGCAUUAAGGGAGCAGUUGAAUGGUGUUGUGAUAAGAUGUCUUUUGUUGUCUCUCCAAUCUGUGAAGUGCGAAAUGCACGCGUUAUGUAAUUUGUUGUUAAUGACUUUGUAGAAAAUGUCUAAUCGGCCAAAGAGGAAAAUACUGUACCAUAAUAUUCUUAAACUACCUUUUAGGUGAUGCCUUGUAAAUGUGAAUGUGACUUUUGAAUUACCCUCUAUUAAUUUGCGUGAACUGCACGUGUAAUGUAUGCAUUGCACUUGCAAAUCAUACAAAACAAAACUUUUUACAAAAGACUGGUUUACUUGAAGCACCACCCAAAAAGGAAUUUAAAUGAUAUUAUUGCAUUUUCCACUUUGGUCAGUUCAUGUUAUUGUAUGUUCCAUCUUUCAUAAACUGCGAGCAGUCUGUUAUUUUUUUCAGACUUAAAACCCUUCCUCUCCUAAUCGUAGUCAAAGAAAAAUUCACUGAAAAUCGUAACAAAUGAAAAUUUCUAUGCAAAUGUUCUACCAAAGACCUUUCAUUUUAAUCGUAACACCCAAGGAUUUCGUCCACAGAUGAAAAGUUAUCCUGACAAUUUACGCCCGGGGUAUUGAUCCUUACCCCUACAUGUCAUUGAAAUACUGUUUUGUUAACGGGUAUUUGGAAAAGUAUCAUUCAUCAAAGUUGCGUGGUAGGAUUUUUUUCACAGACGCAAGAUGAACGUUUUCCGUUAUUUCUAGUACCAAACUUUACCGUGAUGGAAGUAGGGGAGAAUCUCGUCAUUUAGGUAACAGCUUAGUGUUCUAUUGCAGCAUAGCUUUUAUUUUAAAUGGACAAGGUUGUUUGCACUUCUCAAUUUUGUUAUCUGUACCACCCACAGGCUCUGCACCUUGACCCCUUCCUACCCAAAUCCUUCCCAGGGAUUGUCUGUCCGUUCAUAAUUAUAGUGCUUUCUUCCUUUAAGUAAAUCUGUGUCAUGUGAUUUUCCUUUUGUCAGAUUGUCAUCCCUUGUCCAAGUGAUCCCUGUGCCGCGUAUAAAGAAUCUCGGCCCCAAGCUCUCCAGCUCCAGUCUUCCCAAGUAUUUAUCACAAAUUCAAGGACCGGGUACAAAUCCACCCAAACAGACAUGUUAAUGUUUCUACAGCCUUUCCUGGCAUCUAAGGUUUACUCGGAUUUUAACAGCUUUCCCUCCUUGAAUAGCGAUGUUCGACCUUUGCCUAAUUCUGCGUGGGUGAAUGAUUGUAGUCUGUUGGUUAACAAUGGCAAAGUGGAUCGCCUCAUGAAUGGCGUUUGUCAUGAUAUUUAUGAUACCCACCAACCUUCUCAGGUAUGAAAAAUUUCCUUUAAAUGUUUUGCUUCGUAGCACACAUUUGAAGGAUGCUGUUAACUUCCUAAUAAAGUACCGUAAAAUUCCGAAAAUAAGCCCCUCCAUGUAUAAGCCCCUCCAAAUAUAAGCCCCUCCAAAUAUAAGCCCCCCAAACUCGUAACCGUAAAAACCCUCCGUUAAAUCGCUCCUCCAAAUUUAAGCCCCCCGGGGGCUUGUACUUGAAAAUUGCCCUCAAAUACAAAGUAAAACAAAGCAAAAACGGUAAAUUUCCUUCAACUAUAAGGCGAGCCUAAUCGAUUUUCAAACGCAAAUUUCCCUCCGAAUAUAAGCCCCUCCAAAAAUAAGCCCCUCAAAAAGGGCCUUUGAAAAAUAUAAGCCCCGGGGCUUAUUUUCGGAAUUUUACGGUAUUACCUUUGGGAUAGUUCAAGCGUCGGAACUUUUCAUGUACCGAACCUAACCCCUUCACUAAAGUACGUAAAAGGUCGACGUUUGAAUCAUUUAAGUCCAACAUAAUAUUGGAUUGACCCAUAAAGUGAGUUCGAGUGGUCCACUUGGUUCCUGUGUUUGUCGAGGUUUCUAUUGAACGCUUAUUUGAUAAUCUUGUGAUGGAAAAAUUCUGGAAAAAGUCUUGCAUUUAAUACGAACUAUUUUAACAUACCGGUGGAUGAUUCUACUUUGAUUAUUUUUAGGUUUGGUGUAUUUCUGCCGAACAAGUAUGGCUGGAUUUCCUAGGCAUUGAGGAAGCAAAUAACCGACCAAUGCCGUUUAUUGAUGCUGUUCCUAUCCAGAUAUGGAUUGCUACUCCUGUUCCUGAGGCAGGCUUCAAAAAUACAACCGUCAAACCCCCUAUGGGUCGCUCCCAGAGUGCCAGCCCUCUUAACUCACCUCCCCACUCGAGGACAAACUCAGAAAUUUCUCCCAUGAGGAAAGCUUUUGAGCCGUCAAUAUCUGCCAAAGACCGAGCAGACACAGUUCCGUCGCUAGCGUCGUCAAAUUCAAUAUCUUUUCGCAACAGCGAUUCUAAUGUGAGUCAUUCUCCCGAGGCUGUCAAUAGCGUGACCCUUAGUGAAUCGUUAGUGCUCAACAGACCUCCACCUGCUUAUGAAGGAAGGAAUGGGGCGGACAAGCAAACUUCAUCCGAAAGUGAACAGCCUCCGCCGUACGAGAUAUUGGCCCAGAAUGGACCUGUUUUACCCGUGCCUCACUUUGAAGAAGCACCUCCGUUACCUGAGAAGGUUCCUCUCUCUGAAGAGCUCCUAAACGGCUUGACCUUGAAAGAAAAAGAAUCGCAACAAGAGCUUGAUUCCGUUUCCAAGGCGGAACUAAGCCUGCUCAUCCAAAUCCCGCAAACUGUAAAUAUUCAGUUUGACCACUUUCAAUUUGUGUUUCUCAUGCGUAUGCAGGAAAUGCUAGUUAAACUACAGGAAGACCUAGAAAAGGGUCAGUUAAUGGAGUCAAUGGAAUCUCAGCCAAUGAUUUUCUUUUCUAUCCUUGCACGGGGAGUGGACUUAAACAUAGUACUUCCUCCAGCGCCGGACCGUGAAGCUUCCCGUUUGAACAGGGAUCCCUCUCAAAACUUAAGUCGCAAUACCAGUAGCCUCAGUAGUUAUCUAGACACUGGUAUUGUGUCAGAUAGUGGUUGUCAAUCUCCGGAUGUGAUCGACUUCAAAUCUCACUCUAGAACCAACUCAGAUGGGUCUCCACAGUGGAAAGAUGGUUUGCAGCCUACCCCGGAGAAUCACAGUCCUAGAGACGUGUCACAAUCGCGUCCCAAUUCAUCGCAGUCCACGUCUCAUACUUCUGGCCGCGCCAGUGUGUCGUCAGCGCCAGACACUGAUGGCUGGUCGAUGGUUGGUGCACAGGACAGCAAGUCCUCCAGUGGUCGAGUUACAAGCCAGACGGACAGUGAUGCCAGUAACGCUAGUAGUCAUCUGGAUGGUAGCGCUUCCAAAGAUUCCAACAAAAAAAGCCCAAAAAUGGUGUCCAUUCUUUCCAUCCAAGGCGAAGAAGUCGAAGUUGGGCUGCAUUUCCAUGGAUAUGACAAAGUCAUCAAGAUUAUAUGCCCUGAAAUAAAACUGGAUGAGCUUGGCGUAGUUUCCUUUGACAAAUUCCUUAACCAGAAGUCAUCUAAAAAAUCGCUUAGGCAAAGUACACUUUCUUCUCCGUCAGAGGCCACUCCAAUGGUGCGCAUGCGUGCUGAGUUUGGCCCAUCUGCCGAAAGGCUGGAGCCAACAGCUGGGGAACGAGGUUUUAUGCACGUCAAAGCCAAUGGUAUUAAUGGUACUUUGUUAGUCAGCACUUUAGGAAGCUUGGCCGACUGCCUUGAGGAUGAAAUUCUUGUUCCUCCGAUACCUUUCAUGGUGGAAGUCACUGAUUCGAAUGUCAGUAUUAACAAUGAUCUGCCUCCUGCGUUGGUAUCCGCGCCUAUGGCCAUCCCUAUAGAUUUAAACAUCGAGAACAUAGCUAUUCGGCGCGCACACACUGGCGUUUUCCACAUCAGGCCAAUGACCGCUGAACCCCAGGAACGAGCUAGCGAACCGGUUGCCAUGCCAGUGACACGUCAGGAAUCUUUCAAAGCCAGUCAGCUGAGUCUGUCAGACUCAGCGUCGGUGUGUUCACGUACUGAGAGUUUGGAAAAUGAAAAGCAGUGCCUGGUUGCUCAGAUGUCUGUUUCCCGUGCUGCAUUGCAGUCGUUACAGGAGGAGCGUGACGCGCUGUUGAAGACGAUUGAACGGCUGCAACAGGAGUUGUCGUUUUCCAAUCGUGAACAGGACUUGUUACAAGAAAAAAUGACCAGCUUCCAGAGAGGGGAAGAAAGGGAUACAAAUAGGAAACGCUCAAAACAGACAAAAAAAAUGGAAACCCUCCGCUAGUGGACUUCUUCUUUCCUGGCAUCUGCUGAACGCACGGUCCUGGGAUAAAUAACAAGGAGCUUGGAGCAACUUUAAAUUGUGGUCUACAAGCUCGAUCAUUUUUCGUCCGUCAUAGUUUUAAGAAAUUGACUUCUUUGUGAAACGGAGAUCGUGGAAAGUGAUGUUCUUUUGCGUUUGUAAGGGAGUUUUUAAAUCGUUGGGGAACAAUUAAGAAUUUCAUUUUUGGAAACACUAGAUCCGGACUUAAUAGCUAAUUCGAGUGACAAUGCGAUUUUGAUAUUAGAAUUGCCUUUGCAGAGAGCUGGGUAGUGGCUGUUCAGAUCUACGUAGUCUUCCGAACACUGCAGGAAUACUUAACACUGCUUAGCUGUCGAGUUGUCGCACUAACUGACCCGUCCUCAGUCCUUUCUCUUGUUUCUCUAGCGGCGCGUGGGGAGUGAUGGGAACGAGGAAAGCUCUCUUCUUCCUUCCCAUCACCCCCCUGCUCCCGCUGUGCGCGCCAUGCGAAGACGACUGGGGACGAGUCAAGUCGCACAAAAGUCAUUCUAGUUCACGAAAUGAAUAUUCUGCGACCCUGCCAAAAUAUUUUAAAAGUAAUAAUAUAUUGGUUAAAUAUCCAAGAUAACUUUUUAGUUAGUUGAAUUAAAAAGCUUUUGAGCUAUUUUUAAUAACUAGAGUGUAAGAAAAGUAAAUAAUUUUAAUGGUAGCAAUGAACGUAAAACAGACAUAUGGUAAGGGAAAUAUCUUCAUGUAUUUCUUAUCAGGUUAUAAUGUAUUGCUUGUUAUCUUAGAUUUAGCACAAUUUUGCAAUAUAUAGGGUGUGUAAGACUUUUUAGCAGCGUUUAUUUUUGGGAAAAAGACAAUUGUAUUUAAAUACCACUUAAGGAACACUGCAAACCAAUAUUUUAAUCUCGGAUAAUCCUUAAAAUAUUGAAAAACAGUGUCCUCGCAUUUAAUUGCAUAUAAUUGGUGGUAAUGACUACAUAUAAUGUAUGUGUGGGAUUUGAAGUUAAAUAUCAAAAAAGAAGCACGGGGGUUUAGGCUAUGCGUAAGAUAAAGCACGGCCGAGUUCUUUAUACCGACUUUCGAGUUCUAUGGAUCACAGAUGAAACAUUGUGCUGAGUUUUUGACACAGCUUCUCAGUUUGUGUAAGUGUAUUGAAUUAACAAGGUCCUGCCUACUUUUUUUUAGUUCGACUGAGUAAUUAAUAACGCGAAAAACACAUCUUAGUUAAGUUAGAAGUGUAUUGUCUAAAAGUUUUUGUUUUAGGUUAAUGUUAAUUGCAAAAUGUUUACGGCUUUAAAGGCAGGUGACAACUUGAUUUUUUUUCCUAACAGCCAAUUCACGAAUAAAGAAAUCGCAAAAUACUCUAUAACAGUUUAUAAGAUGUUAUAAAUGACAUUUGAACUCAAAUGUGA